CGUUAGUCUUAUAUCCGUUUUCGCAUUCCGCACGCGCUUGCUUCAUUCUGGGUCUAGUCCUCGCUUCGUCGGACGCUCUUGGAACACCUCCUCCCGCCAUACCACUGAGCAUACCCGCUCAAAGAUGAUGGCCAUGGAUAUUGACGAGGUAGCUUGGUCCCGACCACUCGCAAGCUCGGCCGAACCGCACUCUAAGCAACCGUAUGUCGACUCUGCAUCCUCCACAACCACCAAUACCACGCACGCAGCAUCCCAACCGACACAAGAUACCCCCUCUGUCUUUGCCGCCUUCUUCAAUCGGCCAACGAUAGUAUAUACCAGGCCCGCGUUCGUCCACGAGCAGCAACAGCCUCUGCACAAGUCGGUCUCCACACCUGUCUCGCAACACCACACGCAGCAACAGCAGUAUCACGCAGCCGAAACACGUACCCCAUUUCAACAAGCACCCCCAAACACGACGACGAACAACCACCGCUACCGCUCGCCCGCCUCUCCCGACGACGAGUCCGAAGCCCGCCCGGCGUUCCCGCCUUCCGAAGUACCGUCUCCCGACGCGUCGUUGCCCGUCCAGCAAGGUCCCGUCGACGGCAUCUUGGAGAAUGUCGCUUUCAAACUGUCGUGUUCCAAACUCACCGAGUCGGAGGAAGGGUUGUGGGAUAUGGACGACGCGACCACGAUGCCCCCAUCGGUGAACGCGCUCGCUGCGUUGCAUAACGUUGCGGCGAGCGAGGAUGUGUCGCCGCCAAAGGAAAGUUCCAGGAAAGGUCCGUAUGCCGUUCGUCGUUCUCGGAAGCCGCUGGAUGAUGGGAACAAUCGUAAAAUAACAACAUUUUUCAGCCCUACUCCGGCAGGUCUUUCAUCCUCCGCAUUAGCCCCGAAACCCGUCAAUGUCCUCGCGAACCUGACCGCAAAGCGCGUCAAUAACCCGGGAACGUUGGAUUUCGCUGUCACGAAACCACGCCUGAUCCGCCACAAGCGCAAGAGCAACGACCUCUGCAGCACUCCCGCGGUGCAACGGACCGAGCAGAAGGUGUCGCGCAUCGCAUCAAGGGCGUCGGCCAUGGAUGUCGUCGUCAUUGAAUCCAAGACCGUCGUCGCAGAACCCUCCGCACCUGAACCUGCCACGGCUCUUCCUACCGCCACUGCAUCCGUCUUCACCAAGCCUACUGCCCUUCCCAAACCGACGGCAAACAACCGGUCGCGGCUGAAUAUUUCGGCCUUGUCGUCUAUGUCGUCAUGGCAGUUCAAGAAACCAAUCGCAGUAUCCGUCUCUACAGUCUCUGGCAUCCCGCGUCCACGGCCGUUUGUGCGUGCACAGACCGCGAACGGCCCGCUGGACUUCUGCGUCGACAAGAAGCCGCCAAGCGACGUUCGUCGGUCACGCGAGAACAGCACCGAGGAAGAUUGUGUCUCUCUGGUCAACGAAGAGCAAGAAGUAUCCGAAGACGACGCGAUGGAAGAUGAUGACGAUGUCGACGCCCACCAACGAUCUCCGACAGCACGCCGCUGUGGUGCCGGCGCACGUCCACGAUACACCCGCUCCUCCACCGUCCCCAUCAUCAAGGUCUGCUCCCCACCGUCCUUUGACAUCUUUGCGCCGGGCGCUAUGAGCGAAGGCGGCGGCAAGUUGCGGCAGAUGAUGGUGGACGCCGAUCUUUCCUGCUCUCCGCCGUCAAUAUCCUCGGCAUCAGCAACAUCCCCUAUGGGUCUCAAGACGCCCUCUCCCACUCGCUCGCGCACAUCUCCAGCAGCGUUGGCCACAAUCGCCGUAACCCAGGCGGUGGACGUGCCUCACCACACGUCGCUUGCGGCUGCAAGCAGGAGGAACCGUCUGAUGCGCCCUGUGUCGAUGACGUGGAUCAAAGGCGCCGAUAUGGCUGCGUCGCCGGAUAGCGUGCAACUGCUCGCGGCUUUGAAUCGUGGGUGCAGUACGGCCCUUUUCAAGGGGCCUGAUCGCAAUCCCUUCUUGUAAUUCUACCUCUUUGGACGACAAAGGGUCUUGGACGUACCCCUCCUAUAUGAUACACACGGACAUUCCCAGCUUUUGGCUACCCCUAUACCUUCCCCUUAUAUCCCCUCUCGGGUUUAGCGCAGUCGCACGCGUGCCCGACCGCUACCAUUUUUUGUGCUUUCUAGUUAGCGUGUAUGGUUUUUUCGUUAUGUGGUGUGUUUUUGUGUUGGGUUUUUGAAGUGUACUCGCACUCUUAUUUGUGUGGGUGGGUUGCACCUCUUUCCCCCUUGGGUUAGGGGUGCUUUGUUUUUCCCCUCUUUUAUAGACGGCCACGAGCCAAAAAUCGGUAAUGGACCACUUGAGUGUUUAAGAAUGGAU